AUGUCAGCACCGGCAACAUUAGACUGUUACGAGAGCGCCAAGGCAUUUUGCUUGGACACCUAUCUUAAAGAAUAUUACCCUGAUUUAGACAAAUCCACUGGAAAGGCACCGGUCAAUAGAUUUUUACUGGACAAGGGGAUAUCUGGUAAUCGUCUGAUUGACAUUGGUGCUGGGCCAUGCGUUUAUCAAUUCAUCUCAGCAUGUACAAAGUUCAAUAAAAUUAUUGCGACUGAUAUUGAUAAAGAAAACCAAGACGCUAUACAACGCUGGGUGAAUGAAGAUGCUGGUGCCUUUGAAUGGAAAUCAUACAUGAAAUAUGUGUGUGAACUAGAAGGACAUCAAAAUAUAGUGGAUCGAGAAAAUAAAUUGCGUAAAGCAAUAACGGAUGUCGCUUAUUGCGACAUAACUAAACAGUAUCCAGUUGGUACGAGUGAUUCGCCACGCUACGACUGUGUGCUGACAGGCUUUUGCAUCGAAGCCGUUGCCAAUAGCCGACAACAAUGGGCACAAUACGUGAAGAAUGCGUCAAAUCUUCUAAACAGUGGUGGAUGGUUUGUACAAAUUUCCAUGCCAGCUGAUUAUUACGGGGUUGGAGACAAGCGGUUGCACUGUUUCAAGGUUGAUGAGAAAUUUCUGCUAAAGUCAUUAAAGGAUGCCGGACUCGUCGUUGAGAAAACGUAUCACACUAAACACACUACUACGUGUAACUAUAUGAACUAUGAAUUCACAAUGGUGAUGAUAGCUCGAAAGAUUUAG